UCCUCGGAGAAAGCGGCGAAGCCAAUAUGGCUCCCUGCACUUGGUGACUGUUGAAGAAAUUGUGUUAGGUCUCAUGGAGAAACCCCGGGGAAUGGAGGAGAUUCCUUCUUCAGAACCAAUGGAGGAGGAAGAGGAAGAUGAUGACUUAGAGCUCUUUGGUGGCUACGACAGUUUCCGGAGUUACAACAGCAGUGCGGGCAGUGAAAGCAGCUCCUACCUUGAGGAGUCCAGUGAAGCAGAAAAUGAGGAGAGGGAAGCAGGGGAGCUGCCCACCUCCCCUCUGCAUUUGCUCAGCCCUGGGACUCCUCGCUCCUUGGAUGGCAGUGGUUCCGAGCCAGCUGUCUGUGAGAUGUGUGGUAUCGUGGGUACAAGGGAAGCCUUCUUCUCCAAGACCAAGAGAUUCUGCAGUGUCUCCUGUUCCAGGAGCUACUCCUCCAACUCCAAGAAAGCCAGUAUCUUGGCUAGAUUACAGGGUAAACCACCAACCAAGAAAGCCAAGGUCCUGCACAAAGCAGCCUGGUCUGCCAAAAUUGGAGCCUUUCUGCACUCGCAGGGGACGGGACAGCUGGCAGAUGGGACACCAACAGGGCAAGACGCGCUGGUCUUGGGUUUCGACUGGGGCAAGUUUCUGAAGGAUCACAGCUACAAGGCUGCCCCUGUCAGCUGUUUUAAACACGUCCCUCUCUAUGACCAGUGGGAGGAUGUGAUGAAAGGGAUGAAGGUGGAGGUGCUCAACAGCGAUGCUGUGCUCCCCAGCCGGGUGUACUGGAUCGCCUCUGUCAUCCAGGCCGCAGGGUACCGAGUACUGCUGCGGUAUGAGGGCUUUGAAAAUGACGCCAGCCAUGACUUCUGGUGCAACCUGGGCACUGUGGAUGUCCAUCCCAUCGGCUGGUGCGCCAUCAACAGCAAGAUCCUGGUGCCUCCUCGCACCAUCCAUGCCAAGUUCACCGACUGGAAGGGCUACCUCAUGACACGGUUGGUGGGCUCCAGGACGCUUCCUGUGGAUUUCCAUAUCAAGAUGGUGGAGAGCAUGAAGUACCCCUUUCGGCAGGGCAUGCGGCUGGAGGUGGUGGACAAGUCCCAGGUGUCACGGACCCGCAUGGCCGUGGUGGACACGGUAAUUGGGGGUCGCCUGCGGCUCCUCUAUGAGGAUGGCGACAGUGAUGACGACUUCUGGUGUCACAUGUGGAGCCCCCUGAUCCACCCAGUGGGUUGGUCACGACGUGUCGGCCACGGCAUCAAGCUGUCAGAGAGGCGCAGCGACAUGGCCCACCAUCCCACCUUCCGGAAAAUCUACUGUGAUGCCGUUCCUUACCUGUUCAAGAAGGUUCGAGCUGUCUACACAGAAGGCGGUUGGUUUGAGGAGGGGAUGAAGCUGGAGGCCAUUGACCCCCUGAAUCUGGGCAACAUCUGUGUGGCAACCAUCUGCAAGGUCCUCCUGGAUGGCUACCUGAUGAUCUCUGUGGAUGGGGGGCCUUCCACAAAUGGCUCCGACUGGUUUUGCUACCACGCCUCCUCCCACGCCAUCUUCCCAGCCACCUUCUGCCAAAAGAAUGACAUCGAGCUCACACCCCCGAAAGGGUACGAGAGGCACACUUUCAGCUGGGACGCCUACCUGGAGAAGACCAGGUCCAAAGCAGCUCCGUCAAGGCUCUUCAACAUGGACUGCCCCAACCACGGCUUCAAGGUGGGCAUGAAGCUGGAGGCCGUGGACCUGAUGGAACCCCGGCUCAUCUGCGUGGCCACGGUGAAACGGGUGGUGCAUCGGCUCCUCAGCAUCCACUUCGAUGGCUGGGACAACGAGUAUGACCAGUGGGUGGACUGUGAGUCCCCGGACAUCUACCCCGUGGGCUGGUGCGAGCUCACUGGCUACCAGCUCCAGCCACCCGUGGCCACAGAGCCCACUGCACCUCUGAAGGCCAAAGAGGCCACGAAAAAGAAAAAGAAACAGUUUGGAAAGAAAAGGAAAAGAAUACCGCCGACCAGGACCCGGCCCCUGAGACAGGGGUCAAAGAAGCCCCUGCUGGAGGAGGGUCCAAAGGCCUCAGGGAAGGUCCCGUCUGCUCCCGAUGAGAUCAUCACUGUGCGUGUGAAGGAAGAGCACGUGGAUGCAGCCACGCCGGACAAGGCCCCGAGUCCAGAGCUGCCUGUUUCCCUUGAGAACAUCAAACAGGAGACAGAAGACUGACUUGUCCCUGCCACCAGCCUGGCCACCUAGGACGCCAGCCCAGGGCUCCUCUGUCACCACCACCGCACUUUAACCUGGAGACUGAGCCUUUCUGCAUAAAUUUGGCCUGGUGCUGAGGGUCCCUGGCACUGAAGGACCAGCCAGGGUCUCCUUUGACCCACCCUGUGACCUCUGCCCUCUCUGGCAAGGCCUAGUGCCUGGGACUGCCCGGAGUCCCCACACUGGUCUGGGAGUGGCUCCCUCUCCCGCUAGUUUCCGAAGCCCUCCCUUCUGGUAGUUUCCCUCCACGCCCACCAGAGCCCUCAGUCGCCGGGGGUGGGAGGCUGUCCUCCAGUCACACUGCAAGACAAGGCAGUGAAGUGUGUGUGUGGGUGCCCGAGCAGGUCGCAGAAAUAAAGGCCUGUGGCAGCUCUUGA